GAAAGGCCCCAGAAUUCCAAAAUUUCACCUCUCUCUCUCUCUCUCUCUCUCUCUCUCUCUCUCUCUCUCUCCAUCUAUUUUUAUUUUAAGUUUUUAACAAAUUUAGCCGCCAGCUCUGUAAGCCCUUGCAGGACCAAUGGUUGUCGGCGUCCUCGCUCUUCAGGGUUCUUUCAACGAACACGUUGCAGCGCUUAGAAGAUUGGGAGUGAAGGGAGUGGAGAUAAGGAAGCCAGAGCAGCUUCAGAAUGUCAGUUCUCUUAUUAUUCCUGGUGGCGAAAGCACUACUAUGGCUAAGCUCGCCGAGUACCAUAACUUGUUCCCUGCGUUGCGCGAGUUUGUUAAGACGGGUAAACCUGUUUGGGGCACAUGUGCAGGUCUCAUCUUCUUGGCAGACAAGGCUAUUGGGCAGAAAACAGGAGGACAAGAAUUGAUUGGUGGCAUAGAUUGCACUGUCCAUAGAAAUUACUUUGGCAGUCAGAUUCAAAGCUUCGAGGCAGAGCUUUCAGUACCAGAACUUGUAUCUAAGGAAGGUGGGCCUGAAACAUUCCGUGGAGUUUUCAUCCGUGCUCCUGCAGUACUUGAAGUUGGGCCUGGAGUUGAAGUGCUGGCUGAGUAUCCGGUCUCAUCUACCAGUGUUCUGUAUUCAAGUUCUGCUGUUCAAAUUCAGGAGGAAAAUGCUUUACCUGAAAAGAAAGUCAUCGUAGCUGUAAAGCAAGGGAAUUUGCUAGGGACUGCCUUCCAUCCUGAACUGACAUCAGAUACUCGAUGGCAUAGUUACUUCAUGAAAAUGGGAAGUGAGGCUCAAGAAGAAUCUCCAAGCAGCAUUGUCCCAGUUGGAGGAGUAGAUCCAAGCUUCAACGAAAAAGCAAGGAUUGAUCUUCCUAUCUAUCAAUAGUAGCAAUGAGAUACAAAUAUGAGCAUCUUUAUCAUCUUUUUAAUUGGUAUUUUCCUUUUGAAGACGCAGAAAGAAAUUGAUUUUCCUUUUGCCUAAAGUCAAUUGUUACUUUGAUAUCAGGUAUGUGUUGGAGGUCAGUCUAUUCUCUUAGGUUGUAAGUUGAGAUUACAAAUCAGAUGAUAGAUACACAUUCAUGCAUCCCACCUGUAAAUAUAAUGUUCAAAUGAAGUAAGCUUUUCUAUUUAUAGAAAUAUGUGGUAUAUGGUUUCAAAUUCAA